AUGCAUACCUUGCCGCUCAAUUUUGUCGACGAAGUCGUGGUGCCCGUCAGAGUCAUCAGUACGGGGGGCGAAAUAAAAGACGGAGAAAAUACGAGUGCAGAGGUACAUCAGUUCUCGACUUUGGAACAGGUCGAGUCCCACUUCAGCCGCACCACGCACUCUUACAACUUUGUGUCGAUAUGUCAGCGCAAUUCGUAUAAGCCUCUCGAGAUAACCCAACCAAUGUUUAAUUGCUUGAUUGACAAUUUCGACUUGAAGGCUUCUCCAGAGGAUGUGGCCUCUUGCUUCUAUGACAAAGACUUUGAUGUUGAAUCUACUCACUGUGCCCCCUUGGCUAUACAUUGUGAUGGAACUGUAACAGAAGUGUCUUACACCAUCCGCUAUCCGGAAUUCAAGCCGGUUCAGGGCACCUGGGUCAUUAGGCAAACCGGGAUUUUUCAGAGCUUUAACACUAAAACUUCGCAAAAUUUGUUCAUUUUGUUUAAUCCUGCACCAUCCACAAGACUGCAUCAGUGCGCUCAAGCCUUGGUAUCAAAGGGUCCUCAGAGCAUCCAGCAGGACUUCUUUUGGCUUCAUAAAGAGCUUUUUAGAACGUAUUUCUCUGCGUGGAGACUUUACAACGCUCAUUUAGAGACACUGUUGAUUCCGAUAGCGAACAACGCAGUGGCCACCUUUAUUGAGGAACUGACCGAGACGGAAUACCAUCAUCUCACUGAGCUGGCAUACCUUGAGACCCGCUUAGUACAGGUCCCCACUAUCUUGGCAGCUUCAAGGGACGUCCUUGAAGGGCUAUUAGGUCUUUGUUGUGAGGUGAUCGGUAGAGAAGACGAGAAGAUUGCCGAAUUAUCAAAAUCCGCAUCGGCGGCCUUUCAGCAACAUAUCCGCGAAUGCGCAGGCUACACCAGAGUAGCAGAAUGUCUACAACAACGAGCUCAGAAGAUCACGCAGCUUUUAGCUAACACUCUAUCCUUCCGUGAACAAUUGAACGCCAAGAUGCAAAACAACAGCAUGCUAAAGCUGAACAAGCUUAUUACUAACCUGACUGUACUAUACUUGCCUGCAUCUUUCGUGGCAUCUUUCUUUGGUAUGAACUUCUUCAAUUUCGACAACGAGACACGUCGGAUUGUGGGAACCUCUGUCCUUUGGAUAUACUUUCUCUGCUCUGCGGCUAUGACUGUCUUUACCUACAUGUUUUAUCAUUUGUUGAUCCAGAAAACACUGCUGAAGCGAAUAACCUGGAGGAUUCCUUCGCUUAAAAUGUUUACCAGGAUGAGAAGGAGGAAGAAAGAACCAAAUAAGGAUAUAGAGCUUGUGUAA